UACAGACGCACGCACUCGCUCUACGAACAGACGAAAUGCAACAGCAGCACGUAACGUCGCAGUGCUGUCAUGAUGCGGCGCACGGAUACACGGACCCCUUACUGAUCGACUGCAGCCUUCAGUACGCGAUGCCUGUCUAUCUGCAGCAGCUAGCCGUCGCCUAUCCAGACGGCGCACUGACGCUCACGACACAGCAUCUUCCCGACCUGACAGCAUCCUCUGAUAUGUCGCUCUCCUCAUCCGACGAGAGCUCCUCAGACUCUUACGUUGACGGACACGGCGACAGAGCGACGUCGCCGCGUCGCAUAGAUUGUCGGCGUGCUGGCGUCUAUGAGGACGAUGAAGAUGAAUCAGAAGAUGUCGUCCGUGUUGCUGACACGUCACCGAUGCUAGAUGACAGCUUCUCUCUCUCAUCGCAGCACGGCUUCGCUGCUCCCAGCAUGCUCAACUUCAUCGCCGACAGAGGUCGCGGCACGUGUGUGGCGGCUGCCGUCGGCUCGUCUGAUGGUAAAGUACCGACUUCGCCGACAACGUGUAUAAAGCCGUGCCGACGUAGACGCACUGACCACUGCAGCUGUGUCGCUAACGAUGGACACUCGUGCUGA